AUGAGCAAUCCAGAAUUCUCCUCUUUGAAGGAGAAAAUCUCUGCUAAAUUACAAGAUAGUAAUAAUAAGAAACUCAAAAAAUCAGAAAAGAAGAAGUCAAAUAAUAAGAACCCUCAAGAUGAUAUAUUGCGUAAUGAAGCGCUAUCGCUAGGAGCUACAGAGAAUGAUUUGGAACUUGUUCAAGGCUUAAGUGAUAACGAAGACGCUAGUGAACAAGAAUUUGAUGAGGCAGCCGAUGCAGAUACUGGAUUCGAAGAUGAUUUGCAAAAAUUUAUCAAGAACAUCGGAUUAAACAAAAACGAAGUGGAAAUCAUUGAAGAGCCAGAGAAGGAUGUUAAGAAAGAUGAAGAUAAGGUGGAUGAUGCUAAGGAUAAAGAGGAGGCCCAAAAUGAAGAUGAAGAUGAAGAUGAAGGCAACCCAGAAUCCGAUGAAGAUGCACCCGCCGACGUUUCUGGUGAAGAAUCCUCCGAGGAACAGCUUAGUUCUCAAAAAGAGAAAGAUGGAUUCGUCGCAAGGGAAUUUGUGAUGGAUUCUAACAAAUUGACCGUCCCCUAUGACACUCAAUGGUAUGAUGUUUCAUUAGAUCCUGCCGUUGAACAAACCAUCAAAGAUGGUGAUACUCAAUUGACUGCAGAACAAAUUGAAAAGUUGUAUUCUCGUGGUAAGGAGGCUCUAGAUGCAGACAAUGCGACUUUCCAGGCGGAAUUUGUCAAAGAAUCUUCGAGACGUAAGUUCAUGUCACAAAUUUUGUCUAAUGGUACUUUAAACGAUAAAAUUUCCGCAUUGACCCUGUUGAUUCAAGAGUCUCCUGUGCACAAUCUGAAAUCUUUGGAAACUCUGGUGGGAUUCUGUAACAAGAAAUCAAGAACAUCAGUUUUACAGAGUGUUAAUGCCCUAAAGGAUCUUUUCGUUAGUGGUUUACUACCAGAUAGAAAAUUACGUCAUUUCAAGAAUCAACCAGGAUUAUCAAUGAUGUUAAACAAACGUACUUUGGCCAUAUUUUAUUUUGAAGAUUUCCUCAAACGUCAAUUUUUCAACAUUUUAGAAUGUCUUGAAAAAUUAACACAUGAUGCUAUUAUUUAUGUUCGUUCUCAAACCAUUACCCACAUCUUUGAUCUUUUAACGGCUAAGCCUGAACAAGAAUUUAAUCUUUUACGUCUCGGUGUCAAUAAAUUAGGUGAUAUCGAUUCUAAGAUUUCUUCAAAGGCAUCCUACCAACUGUUAAAAUUACAACAAGCUCACCCUAACAUGAAAAGUGUAAUUAUCGAUGCUAUUGUCGAUAUUGCUUUGAGACCAAGUGCCGAUUAUCAUACCACCUACUACUCAACAAUUACACUAAAUCAAACUAUUUUGAAGAGAACGGAAGACGAUGUGGCUAACAAGUUGAUCAAGACGUAUUUUACACUUUUUGAAAAAUUCUUAAUUAGCAGUGAUUCAUCGGAAGCUCAAAAUAACCAAGGCGUGCAAUCAAAGGUGCGCGGUUAUGAAUCUAAACGUAAAGGCAAUGUCAAGAAAGGUAAACAUGGUGGUAAAAGUGAGAAAAACGAAAAGACCGAAACUGAUGUGAUUAAUGAAAAGAACAGUAAAAUGUUUAGCGCUUUAUUAACUGGUGUGAACCGUGCAUUCCCCUUUGCCGUAUUACCAUCCCAAGUUUACGAAACUCAUCUGGGAACGCUUUUCAAAAUUACCCAUUCUUCCAAUUUUAACACUUGUGUACAGGCAUUGGUUUUAGUACACCAAAUUGUUACUCGUGCUCAACUCGAUAAAGAUCGUUAUUACAGAACUCUUUACGAAUCUUUAUUAGAUGCUCGUCUAGUGUCAUCGUCAAAACAGGGAAUUUACUUGAAUUUACUUUACAAAUCUUUAAAGGAAGACGUCUCACAAGUGGAACGUGUAGAAGCAUUUGUUAAACGUAUUCUACAGGUUUGUUCCCAUUGGCUAAAUGUUGGUACAGUUUCAGGUUUCUUUUUCUUAUUACUUCAGUUGGUACAAGACGUCCCACAAAUUAGAAAUCUUUUAAUCAAUACUCCAACGGAUUCUGAAUAUCAAUCAGACCAAGAGGAAACGGAGGAACCAAAGAAACUUCCAGUUUAUGACAGUCGUAAGCGUGAUCCUAAAUAUGCCCAUGCAGAUACUUCUUCUCUUUGGGAAAUCAUUCAUUUUACCCAGCACUACCAUCCAACUGUACAAACAUAUGUGAACGCAUUUUUGGAGAACGACUUAAAUGCUGUUGGUAAACCAGAUUUAGGGCUAUUUACUCUUGCUCAUUUCCUCGAUAGGUUCGUCUACAGAAAUGCUAAGCAAAAAACAGCCCAAAGAGGUACGUCCAUCAUGCAGCCGCUAUUCGGUGGUUCUCAACUAAGCAACAGUUUGAUUGUGCGUUCAUCCGAUCGUUCUGCAGGAGGAGAGAACAUCCCAGUCAAUGCUGAAAACUGGCUCGACAAACGUGCUGAACAAGUUAGACCUGACGAAAAAUUCUUCUACAAGUAUUUCACUACUAAGCAAAAAGCAGCUAAAUCUUCCAAAAAAGACAACAAACCCAAAACUACAGCUAAGGGCGAUGAAGAUGAAGAAGAUCUAGACGAAGACCAGGUCUGGAGCGCCCUUGUCAAAUCCCAGCCUGAUAUCGAAGGUGAUUCAAGUGACGGCGGGGACGAUAUGAUAGGGUUUAGCGAUAUGGAUUCCGAUGACGGAGAAGAAGAAGAAGAAUUAGAGGAAGAAGAGGAGGAGGACGAAGGAGGUUAUCCUUCGUUUGACGAAAAUGAUGAGGAAGAUUUGCCUGAAACCAUUCUUUCCUUCGGCUCAGAGACGGAGAUUGUUCCUUCAGACAAUUCAGAUGACGAUGACGAAAAGGCCAAUGACGAAAAUCUUUUAGGCAAUGCCAAGCGUCCGGCUCCAAAGUCCGAUGAAAAGGGUGACAAGGACAAAAAACAGAACAAAAAGCGCCGACUCAAGGAAUUACCGCUAUUUGCUUCCGUGGACGACUACGCUCAUCUGUUGAAAUGA